CGCAGAACAAAAAUGUUGGCCCUGUUACAGCAGGCAGUGUUGCAGUUGCUGGUGCUGACUCAGGAGCAGGAGAGGAAGCAGCUGGUCAAGUUGGCACAAGGGGUCUCCAUGGAGGAUUUGCAAGAGCCAGGUUGCACAGUGCCUCCAAAAGAGAAUAGUCAUCAGCAUGCUGCUUUAGGAAAUUACUGUAUAAAAAGCCUGAGACAAAUCCAUGCCGGCCUGCAGAUGCCCAAUGAGACUCAGAUGCCCUUAAAGCAAACACACCUUCAGCCCCAGCCUCACAUAAGCAGUAACUCGGCAAUAUGGUACCAAGGCCAGCUGGAGGAUUGUUCCCUUCUCCUCUUGACCCAUUUGAUGGAGCUCCAGGAGGUCCAAGCUUCUGCAUUACUGACAGCACUGAUGGACAUGAGUGUGCAGCGUGUCCAAGCUCUGCGAGAUGACUAUGAAUCUGAACUUCAAGCACAGCGCUACGCCAACCUACUCCAACUAAUCUCAGAUGCCCCUCUUACUUCAGGCUCUAUACUUACUCCUUAUCCAAACUCAAACGAAAAUAGCAGCAAUAAGCAACACCGAGCUCAGUCAUGCCGCAGUGGACCGGUCGAAGCUCAGAACAGCAGUGGUGGGCCAGCUGAAGCUCUCACGGUGGAUUCAAUCAGACGAGCCAGCAGAGAACUAAAUGUGGUGCAACUUGCAGAAGGGACUGACAAACAUGACAUCUGUACAGGUUGCGGAGCGGUCAUGGAGGACCUGCCCUACUUGGAGAUCUUGUGCGUAUCAGAUGCAACAAGUAAUGCUCAUCAGAGUCUCGAGGCAGACGGACCAGCGCAGGAAGAAGAAGUGGGCAGUGCAACAAAGAGCCCCCACAGUUAUGAGAAACAGGGCUCACUGAUCGCCCUUGCAUGGAGCAAACCACCAGAGGAUAACACUGACUAUGAGGCGGGGGCUGCAGUCGGAGGCACAGGACUCGUACAGUCAAGUGACACAAGCAGCACAGCUGAACACACACAGUGUGACGAGACUUCUGGUGAGAGUGACAGAGAAGAGGUGAAACCCACUCGCUUCCACUCUGAUUCCACAGGUCAUCAUGACGCACAGUCUGCAGACCAGCAGUGCAACACAUUGACAUUGGAGGAGAGAGCAAUAGCGGAUCAACCAGAGAAGGGAGAAUGUGACCUGCAAACACAAGCUUUGGAAGCAGAGAGCCUGCGGGCUGCACAACCACAUCUCUUGGUCAACCCUUCUGAGAUUAAGCGGUAUGCUGGUGACUUCUGCUUUGAACUGACCAAUGAGACAGCUAAUGUGGACAGAGAAGUGCUUGAGUUGGAAAUGUGUCCCACUGCAGCAGAGUCAGAGCUGUGGGACCUGGGAGGGCCUGAACCCGCUCAUGCUGAGGACCAGAAUUAUAACUCCCAAACCACAGUUGACUGUAGCCCUGCAGAGAGGGAGGCAAUGAGGGAACCCACACUGAUGGAGAGGGAGCGAGCAAGAGAGCCAGUCUCGGCAAUGGAGAGAGAAAGGACAAUGCGCAACCUGGUGGACAUGCAGAGAAAGGUCGAACAGAGGCAGCAGAGAGAUAGACAGAGACAACUGCUGAGGGUUCAGGAGCGUCUGUCGAUCAUCCAGAACAGAAAGGCAGAGGAAGACCUGCUUGGCCUGAAACACACAGACAGGCUUAGGCACCUCACACAAGAUCUACCACAGGAGGAUAAGAACCAGCAGAAGACAGUUGUCAGAGAGCGAUUGGAGCAACUGAGGAGAGAGCGCUCCUAUGUCAUGCAGUCCAAACGAGACAGGAAUACUGCAGGAUUUAAGGAACUCCUGGGUCCAGUAGCUGUCCACAGCAGAGAAACUGAUGAUGGAGCAGACUGAGAAACUGCUGCUUAAAUUCAUGUCUAGAUAGUCAUUUUCAGUUAAUAAUUGUUGUCAACACUUUUCAACCGUUUCUUUUUCUGACUUAAAAUCUAUUGAGCUAAAUUGUUUGUCAGACAAUACUGGAACGCGUGCAAGUGUAAUGU